AAAGGGUUUCUAGGCUGGUUUUAUUCUGUUCCGUUUCCAUUUGCUAUUAUUGGGAAAUGAAGUCGUUCGCACUUCGUCGAUUGAAGGCUCUAAAGUGUCCUUUGUUAGAUACUAUUGAUAUUGCGGACACGAGUUCUCUCUGUAACGUGGUUUGUUGGCUGGAAGAUGUGAAAAUUCGGCGAUAUGACACUGCCAGUCGAUCGUUUCUUAGACAUCCUCAAAAUUUAUUUUUAGCACUGAAUCAGUAUUUGAAGGACUUGGGAGUUCCAGAAGAAGAAAUAGCUUCCUUCGAGUCUAGUCGUUAUGAGACUUUGGAGUCCAAGAUAUAUUUUCUAAUUGAUUUUGCUGUGGACUUAUGCUUCAAAGAUCUUAUAGAAGAGAGAAAAGAUGACUCUUUAUUUUUGUCUACCAAUCGAGUUGUGGAUGGCAUCGAAUUAGAUGAGGACCUCUGUAAGGAAUUAUAUGAAGUAGGUUCUGAUUUAGGAGUAGCAGAUCCAGAGAAUUUGGUUGGAACUUUGCAAGUCUUGGUUGAUUUAUUACGAAAAGGUUUCCAACUUGACAGUUUGAAGAAAGCUGGAACAAGUCCUCAAGGUAUCGAUGACGCAUUACUCAAGUGCCUAAGAGAUGAGGUUCCUAGUGGUUUCUCAACGGGAGAUGAUUCGUUGGAUGACACAUGCCGGCUUUUCCGACUAUUGUACUUGAAAGACCUCAAGAAGUUGCAAGCCACGAUCAACAAAGUAAUCUUUGAGCUUCAAACUCAGACUGCAAAUCCAAAGACAGAUACUUCACGUGCUUGUAUAGGACGCUAAACCAAUAGAAAUAGAAUGAAAUUGUAAAUAUUAUCCUGUUCUGUAACAUUUCGAAUUUCAUAAAACCUUUGAGGAAAAU